CAGCCAUUAACGAGAGAAAGAUGAUGUGUCUGCUCUGAAACGCGUUAUGUUCGACUAUUUUAAUGAUAUCCGCGAAGACAGAGAUCAAGACAUUUGACUGUCACCUUCUGCUCUCCUCGGGACCCGACCGAGCUCCACACGUUUACAUCACCAUCAGAGUCUGUUUACAUCUGGACGUGUUUGAGAUAUGUAUAUAAAAGUUGUCUAGAUUGUUAAGUUGAUAUCAUGCUGGGCGAUGCUCUUGGACAUCGUGUUGAAUCCAGCGUGAAGAUAAGCAGAUCCAGACAAGCGCUCUUGAAGAAUAGAGGACGAAACGUUCACAACACACCCAACAAAGCGUCAGGAAACAUCAACAAAAGCUGCUUUAAACCUUCAUUAACCACCAAUGAAGAGCUCAAACCAGCUCAGUCUAAACCAGCCACUAAUAAACAGCAGCUGAAGUUAAAAUCUGAAAGUGUUGAACGAGGAAUCCUGCCCACCAGACCGUCUGUCCACAGCUCGAGCCGUCUUGAGAAAACCACCGACAACCUGAACAAACGGAGAGUGUGGAGCAAGCUAAGAAACGCGUCCGACGACUCUCAGCUUCCCAAAAGACAGGAGACCCCCACACACAUGGGGAAUAGCACGGCUGAGGGCCUCAGGAGGGGGAGCGUUGGCCCUCCUGAGCUCUCGUUGGAGGCAGAGAAGAAUUACGCUGGAGCAAAGUUCAGCGAGCCGCCCUCGCCCAGCGUCCUCCCCAAACCGCCCAGCCACUGGGUGGGACAAGGUGCUCUUCAGCAUACAGCCGUACAGAUGUCUGUGCACCUCAAAACCCUGCUGAAGGUCCGAGCAGAACCCUGAGCUCAUUAAUGGGACACUUCAGAAAGUAGUUCGGACUGGUAACAUCCCGUUCAAGAACUACUGAACUCUCCAGUUGUUUAUGAAAGCUAAUGUGAGUUAAAGGGAAAGUUCAGCCCAGAAUGAAAGUAUUUACUAGGGCUGGGAAAAUAAAUCAAUGCAUCGCGAAUCGAGAAAUGAUUCAGAACUUUUCCAAAAGCAUCACGAUUCUUUCUGGAGUCAAUUCUGAGCUCAGUUUUGAGCAGAAGAU